UAACUGUGUGUGUGGCAAACAAAUAGCAAACAACAACACUUUCACUCAUUUCUCACCCAUCCAUCAAUCAUCAUGCAAAACGUACAUGUAACUGAACUUGUUCUGUCUGAUCCUGAGGAGAAGGGGGAGACAUGGCAAAAGAAAGCUCUCUCGUGUUCUCUCCACCAGUGAGGAAAAAGUGAUUUAUUUUUGCUUUCCUUUUCCUCCGUGACGAAGGAUCGACGAAGAAGAGUGAGAGGAAAUAAAAGGCAUAAAGAAAGCAGAGAGUCAAGGCUUUCUCUGAGGUUAAAAAAUGAAUGUGCACCCUUGCCACCUUUGCUGUUCAAUCCGAAUUUGUUAACUCCAUUGAAUAUGAAAUAUAUGCAUACAUUUUUAUGUGUUAGUUAGUAUUUUAGGUAUUUUAUGAAACAAACCUUCAAAAAUAAAGACUUUUGCUAUAUGAAAAAGCAUUACUAAUCAUUAAUCAUACAGUUACAAUUUAUGGAGGUAGCAAAAAUCAUACUGGGCUCUGAUGAACAUAUAAAUAUUCCUGCAUUUUCGCAUUAUGGAAUUAAUAUUACUCGGGAAUGAAAGCGAAAGUGAACAUGUGGAACUGACUGAGGGUGCCAAAUUCAAUCAGCUGACUUCUUUCGAUUUAACACCCGACAACAACAAACAAGUCAGCCGACUGCUCUGAGAAGAUGCAUUUAAUAAUUUAUAGUUAAAUUACAUUGCCCACUAAUACUAAAUAAGGAAAUGGGACCAACUUGUACAAAAUUUAAGUUUAACGUUGAGAUAGUUGGGAUUGGAGUGGAUGGACUGAAAAAGUGAUAAAUCGACUUACUUAUUGAGCCGGAACUUGGUCACGGGAAAAUGGCAUCUCAGGGUAACUCCAACAAUGGCAACAUUCCUUCUUCUCCAAGUUCCAGCGACCUUCCUAAUAUCGGGGGGCCGAAUUACAAGGCGCAGUGGUCCGACCGCUACAACUCUGCCUGGGCAUUUGAAGACUGUGAUGCUAUCGCCAUCAGGGAAGGAACAGUUAAUCUCUUUGAACAUCUUGUGGCCUCAAAGGAAGUCUGUAUCAAUCCUUCAAAGCCAAUGACAAAUCAAACAGUGAACAUUCCUGAUUACGAGUGCCAACCUUCAUCUGUUGCUGAACAAAAAGACUACAUCUUAUCGCAAUUACUUGCCCAGCUAGAAUUAGCGUCCACCGUUUGUCUUGAAUCUCCAUUUUUUGUAAUUUUACGAAAACGGAUGCUUGUUUUGCACAGAAUACUGUAUGCCAAAUUCCACAUUAUAGAGGCAUCAAAUUUAAAGACUACCAGAAAUGAUUCCGUAAUUGAAAUAAAAGAGAUGUCCAAGACUUUAGAAUCUAGUUCUACGGAUUCACUAAUAGAACUCGGGGUUAAGACAGGAUUAACUUUAUUGUUCAGUAUAUUGAAAGUUAACUGGAUUCAAAACACAGCUCAUGCAGGGCUUUGUCGAGAUAUUUUACAGACGGCAUCUGAUGUAAUUUGGAAUUUGCCAUCACUGUCCCUUGCUGACGAAUCCAAAAUACCUCCAUUAGGGACUUCAAGUCUACAAGAAGUAUCCAAAUUUUUAAGGCAAGUUGUGAUGCAGGAUUAUGGAGCCGAUAUUGAAAGUGGCGUCCUUGCAGCUGAAAUUUUACUUGGUAUGGCUGUUCAACGCGGUAGUCUUUUGCAUAUGUUGGAAUGGAUUGAAAUGGCGUUAAAUAGUAGCAGACAAGAUGGUCAAGACCUCUACGUUUCUAAGAAUAUUACUUUUUCUGCAAUGGCCGCAGUUCGAAGAAUUUCUGUACAAGAAGUUGAAUCAACGUGGAGUACUUCAGGAACGUUCAACAAUGAUAAACUUGAUGUCUAUUCAGCCGCCGUGAUAUUGAUGAAUGAAUUGGUGAAUGUAUCUGUUUGCGCCGAUUCGUCAGAUAUGAAGAAUUCUACCACCUACAACUCUUUAAAAGAAUCCAAAGUUUACUCCACCUUAUUCAAACACAAACUUGAUAAUGGGGGAUUGUCAAUCUCAUCCGUGCAUAAUAGGGAUAAAGUAUCAGAAGUAAAUAUAUACGUGUGGGGGUCAAAUUCGUCCUAUCAGUUGGGUGAGACAGGGCUUGAUAGAAUGAUGCUACCAAAGUUGGCUACUUCUUUUUCUGAUGUAGACUCUGUCGAAGCUGGUCAAUUUUGUACAUUUUCUAUUCAAUCAAAUGGGACACUCAAGGCUUGCGGGAAAGGAUGUUACGGCAGGCUUGGCCUUGGAGAUUCUAACAACCAACCGAUCCCUAAGCAAUUACCUUUGCCGUCGGAUACAAAAUUCAUCAAAAUUUCCUCAUCAAAAGGUUCUGAUGGGCACACCUUAGCAUUGACGUACGAUGGUAGAGUAUUUUCAUGGGGCGAUGGGGAUUAUGGAAAGCUUGGACAUGGUGGUGUGGCAACUGAGAAAUUUCCAAAGCAAAUACAAGGGGCAUUAUCUGGGAAGGUAGUAAAGGACAUAUCUGCGGGAUAUCGUCACAGUGCAUGCGUUACCGAAUCAGGGGAGCUGUUUUGUUGGGGUGAAGGAGAAGGAGGACGACUUGGUUUGGGAGAUACUAACGAUCGCCAAGUUCCAACUUUAGUAAAAGAUGUUUGUAAUGUUGGAUCAGUGUCUUGUGGUGGGAGUCAUACACUUGCGCUAUCGAAUUGUGGUAAAAUCUGUUGGUCUUGGGGUGCAGGAGAGUAUGGCAAGCUGGGAAACGGUAACGUUUCUCGUGAAAUUCGUCCGAGGGUUAUCGAAGCUCUUCAAGGACAUGUGAUUAUGAAAGUUGCGACUGGUUCAUACACAUCUUUCUGCAUUACGAGUAAUGGAGAGGUGUUCGCAUGGGGAACAGGGGUUUGUCUAGGAAGAGAGGCUAACGAGACCAAAGUUAUGCUACCAGAGAGAAUUGAGGCACUGGUUCGAGAAAAAAUGGUUGAUAUCUCCAUUGGAGAGUCGCACGUGCUAGCUUUAACAGAUAAGAAUGAAUGCUACGCCUGGGGAAACAAUGCAAUGGGACAGUGUGGAAGUGGAAAUACAAUUUCGCCGACUCUAAUUCCCCGAAAAAUAAUUGCAUUGGAAGGAGUAGCAAUUCAAGGAAUCUCUGCAGGAACAAGCCAUUCCGUUGCUUGGACAAAUUCUAACUUGUUGACUCGAAUCAGAAAUAAGCAGUCAUUCUGGAUGGAUACAAAGGUUCAAACUAUCACAAUGCUUCGAAAUCUAUUGCAACAAUACGGUCUGGACUUUAGUAAAUUGAUCAAGCCCUUUGAUUCAGAAAGCGAGCACCAGCAAUUCAUUAUCUUAUGCCUCAGACUUUUAAAUAGUCAUUGCUAUCAAAUGGUCCAAAAUCAAAACCUGGGUGAUAUGAUGGAAAACGAAUUGUCAAUGCUGAGGACCCUUUUGUUCAAAAUGCUCGAUAUCGAUCUUCCUCAAAAUGUUCAACAAUUAGUUGGCGAAACUCUUGUAACUGGCGCCCCUAUAUUACUACCUCCUUUAAAGGAAAAAUUGUCACUUUUAUUAGACAUGUUGCAUGACGUACAAAAUCUCAGCAAGGGCCAGAAAAUGCUGUGUGAAGUCAUUCUCACCAGUUUAGAAGACCAUCAACAAGUAGGGGUCUUGGUGGGUCUUGGAGUGGUCAAAUCUAAAAAGCCAGUGGAUAAUUUUUCAGCAGAUGAUAUUUACUCUACUCAAAAACUAAUGACUCUGGUGCUAAAUAUAUUAUGCACGAAUCUGGAACAACGACUUGAUCGUCUUCUCGUCGAGUCUAAUGAGGAUGAAGAAGUCAUUAGUUUUUUCAAUCAGCGAUUAUCGGACUUGCUAACAUCAUUGCAAAAUCACAUUUUCUCGUAUUUAAUAUGCUCCAAAGACACACUGAAGAGCAAUUUGUGGGAUAUAUUAUGCAACCAUGUCGUUCUGUUGUUGGAAAAGGCUACAGAAAUAUUUAAACAAGUUGCAUUUAUUCUCAAGCGGAAGCAGACUCUACACAUACGAGUUGCAAGCGUAAUUUAUGUUUCUUUCUGUGGAUCAAUGGUGUCACGAAUUUUGAACACAAUGCUGCUUCCCAUCGGUCGGGGUUAUCACCUUGCAGUGGGAAGUUUAUUGAAGCUUGUUGUUCGUAUGGAAGAUGUAGUACGAUCACUACCUCCAACUGAAGCACUACGUCACUCCGAAGAAUGGAAUCCCGAUGCUGAUACUCCUACUGCUUCCGAUUCUGAGCAUGAAAAAUUGUCUAGUGUUUGGACCUGGUUUUUCGACAUGGAAAGAACAUGUGCUCAUUUAAUUGGGAGACUUGUGGGCGACCGUAUUCGAGGAAUACCGAUGAUUCAAGAAGAAGUUAACUGUAAAAAUUGGUUACUUAAUCGAUUGCUAUCACAUGGCAUGGAGGAGGCAUUUGCUGAGAGUACAAUGGAUGGAUUUAGUAAUAUUUUUAUAAAUCGAGAUGCACAAUGGACCGAAACAUUAAAAUGCGCAUUGGGAUCUUCCAACAUGACGGAUGACUUGAAAAAGUUAUUCCAAAUGAUUAUUCCAAUCCCCGUGGAUGAUAACUGCGUUUCAUCUAACACAGUGACUUGUCUAUACGAGUUAAUGUUUGAACAUGCCAAGAGUUUAGACUGGGAGUCUGCCGGAGGAGGAUCAAAUGUCGACGAUCCUUUGCUGGAUUCAGUAUCAAGAGUUUUGCUGCUAGUUUUAAUCAAACAUACAGGUUUACUAGCCCAAAUGAUGAUGAUGUCGGUAACGGAAUCCAGGCAUAGUGCAAAACUUGAUGAAUUAUUUGGCCUGGUAUUCCAUGUGAGAACCCGAUUGAUAUCCAUCCGUCAAGAAAAACUUAUUAAAGGAUUAUUAAUAUCAUCAACUGAAGAAAUAUUCAACCCUCAAAAUCAAGAGGACGGUGGUGGUGUUUGUUCUGUUUCGCCUUCAAUUAUUGAUACAAGAGCACAUGAUUGGAUUGAAGUGUCAGAUGAAGAUACCCCAAUCGCUGGAACAUCAUCUCAACGUCACAUGAUUCGCACAUCGUCUUCAUCAUCCAGUCUUGGUCGUUUGCAGGAACCGAGUGAAUUUAUGAACGACUUGAGAAUUUCUGCCGCAUCAGAUUCGGCACAAAUCAAUAAUAUGGAGUUGUCGGCUAACCGACCUUCUUGGAGGUUUUAUGACAGUGAGGUUGAGGGAUAUCAAAGCCCACCAAGAAUGCGACAUUUGGCUUUUAAUGCGCGAACUAGCGUGAGGGGUUCCGGCCGAGGUCGAGGAAGGGGAAGAGGAGUAUUUAAUUCCUUAGUUAUUCAUAAUAACGAAGAAGAAGCCUCUAUAUUUCAGCCCAACAACAACCAGCAGAGUUCUACAAAUCUAUUUCCAGCUCUCCAACCUCCAAUUGUGGAUUUAACAAUGGAUUUAGAAACGGAUGGCCUUAAUCGUGAUCCCACACACAAUGGAUACUUUUUACUGCAUGAACCUGAAUCUCCAGAGCACCCUCCUCCUACUGGAGGUUUUCAUAAUUCUGAAUUUUAUGCCACUAGUAGCAAUUCAAAUCCACCACUACUAGUGCAGCAGCACUCGAAUGAUGCUGUAAAUAUUCUUCAAUCUGGUUCUACUUCUGUUGAAAAUCCUGAUCCGGACGACCCAGCUGUGGAUGAUGUUUUACCUGUUACGACACCCGCACUUGUUGAACUUGGCUAUGAUCAGAUUUGUCACAAACUUAUUAGAAAUUCCAUGUUACUCAUAUUGGGUGUGCAGUCAUCAACCACAUUUCAUCAUCAUUCUGAUGACAAAUCUGGGAAUUUCAGCAAUACGAUGGACAAUAUUCAUAGUGAAAGAGAUGAUUUUGCUGAAAAUCUUCCAUCUGCUAAAAGUUCAGAAACAUUUCGGUCACCUGAAAGUCGAUACUACAGUAACAGUAAUGGAGGUAUGAAAUCUGAUAUGCAGCAGAAAGAAGCCGUUGCCGGCGUUGAAUGCGUUCGUCGUCUUGGUCGGAAUUUGCUACGAUUUGUUGCAUCUGAAGUUAUCAUGUCCAAACAAGAUUGGUACAGCGAUAGUUUAGAAGAUCCAAGCGGCUGGAAUUCAGAACCACAGUGUGUAAUCAAAGCUCUGAAGCAACAGGAAGAACGUGCAAAACUUCGAAUAGAUGCAUUCAAUCACAUUUUAGAAUUAAUGUCCACUUCGAGGGAAAAUUGUGAAGAUGAUGACACCCAAUCUCAAACUGUCAACAGCAAUGAGUUUUUGUCAUCUGUGCAUGAGUUUCUAUUAGCAGGGUGCUAUCAACUAGGGUUAUCUGCCCCUCCUCUUCAGUUUUCUCCAAAACUUGAAACACUAGAGCUGGAAAUCAAAGUACAGUUGGCGCACUAUUUGGAUUACGUACAAGCCGCUCCAAUUAAUUUACAAAAUCAACUAAUCACGGUUGUGCACAACAUUAUGCGUUGGCUCAUAGUCAGUAUACGUGGAUUUACUCCAGAUAAUACCUCUUUGAGCUCGAUCGUUAAAAGAACUAUCAUGCCAUUCCAAAGCGAAGAAGUCAAGCUGUUGAAUGUGUUUGCUCUAAGUUGUCGCUUCAAAGCCAAAGACGUGGACCUCGUCGUCAGUUCAGGACUGUUGCCAGUUCUUGAGAAGCUUAUAUCUUCUACUACUCAUGUGAAAAGUCAGCACGAUCUUUGGCCUGGUUUGCCACUAUCCCAUUAUGUUACACUUGCCAGCAUACGACUACUCCAGCUUUUGACCGUUUCAACGGCAAUUCAUAUUGACUCCUUAAACGAAGGACUGGUGGAGAAAGUUGUAGAUAUAAUGCAUGGACAAGUUUAUGGAAUGUUGACAGCGUUGUGUGGGGAUCGAAUAUGCAAUAUUGAUGGAAGUUCGCCAACUCCACAAGGAACUCCAGAUACUCCAGUUGCCUCUUUAUCUCCAGUCACAGAUUCGCAAAAGCCAAUUUGUUCAUCUGCAUUUAAUCAGCAAAAAUUGCUAACUCCUGCAGAAAAGCAAGACCUGGAAAUGAGAUUGGGUGACUCUUUGGUGUUUCUCCGCAGGUUAAUUUCUAACGGUCCAAUGGGACAAUAUUUAUGCAGAUAUCAAUGGAUUAAGCUAUUGAUGUCAUUCAUCUCGUGUAAACCUUGUGAUGACGUUGAUUUGUUUUUAAAACUCGGAAGAGAAAGCGUGGAAAGUGUGGAAAGUGCGUCUCCAAGUUCGAGUGAAGAUGGUCAAUUUCUUACAAAUUCUGAAUUUAACCUAUCUCCAAUUGGAAAAGAUAUCUAUAAAAAUAUUUUGCUUACUCCUGGCAUCCGACCACGAUUAUUAACCGUUCAACUUCUUGAAUCAGUUUUACUACUUGCCACCAACGAGGGAGCCGACUUCAAAGAACAGGUUGUCAAAGAACUGCUCUUACAAUUGCAAGAUGCAAUGUGGCUCAUUCCAUCAUAUGAGAAAGCAAAGCAGAACAUUCUGUAUAGAGAUGAAAUAUGCCGCAGCAUUUAUGGCGACACGUUGUUUACCGACAAAAGUGAUAGCAUCAAGUUGAUGUUCGACUCAGAAAAAGGAACGUGCUGCUUUAUUGAAAAUUGUCAGACUCUAGUACAUGGGCGAGGUGGUAGAGGUUAUGGAGUUGCAAACGUGGGGUUUUCUUCAGGAUGUCACCAAUGGAAAUUUUUAAUUGUCAAAGAAAACCGAGGAAAUGAAGGAGUGUGUAUUGGAGUUUGUCGUUUGCCCAUCACUGAUCCGAGUCAUAGAAGUAGUUCGGAUAUGUGGCUAUAUCGUGCAUACAGUGGAAACUUAUACCACAAAGGAGAGCAUUCCAACACGCUUCCAAGCUAUACUCAAGGAGACUACAUUACCGUUAUCCUGGACGUGGACAACAAAACUCUUAGUUUUGGAAAAAAUGGCGAAGAGCCUCUUGUUGCAUUCCAAGAUGUUGAUGCUGCAGAAGUGUUCCCUUGCGUAUUGUUUUAUAGUACCAACCCUGGAGAAAAAGUAAAAAUUACGGAUUAUGAACCUAAACGUCCUUUAAAAACAUUAAUGGCUGCGGAGCCGUUCUGCUCGCCCGUUGGAAGCACUCUUGCAGAAUCUCAUGUAGCACUUAUUCGUAAACUUCAUUCUAAUGAUGUGUGGACAAAAACGGUAAAUGAUUGCUUAAUGGAACGCCUACUCAAUGCACGAGACAUUUUAAUCUAUUGCAAUGGAGACAAAACACCAACACCAUCCACACCUUCAGAAGUUUGUGAUGACGACGAUCCAAUUGAGACAAUCAAUAUUUGUAACAGUACAGAAAAAAUUACAAAGAAAUGCAGACCCGAUAGUUUUGAAGACAUUGACAAGCUAUGUAAAGAAGUUUGGCCUGCAUUAGCCGUAAUGGGUGGGAUUGACCGAGGUGCACGAGUUGGUGCUAAAUGUGUCCAUAAACCUACUGGACGACGAGGCGUCAUUCUCGGGGCUUUAAAAGCUGGACUUACAACUGUGAAAGUACAAUGGGAAGACCCAGAGUCUUCCGUUAGUGAUGCGGCUAUAUCAAGCUUGGAGCCGUUACCAAGCAAGUCCUUUGAUGCAGCCAAGUUUACAUGCGCAAAUGCCGAAGUUUUGAAAUUGUUGUGCAAACUCGCCGGCUUGACUGGUGAAGUGGAUUUUCCUUCUGAUAAUGUGGACCAUCCAUUUGAAAUUUAUAUUGAUGAAUCCGAAAAUAAAAACCCUUCCGAGACAAAUCAAGAGAUGACUACAUCGUUAAAAUGCAUUGAUGGAGAAGGAGUGGAUGCAACUCUGUGGGGUUCGUAUGCACCUGAAAUUCACCAACGACCAUCUACAACCGAUGGUAUAAAUCAGACGUCAACACCUGGUAACUCUUCAACUGCGGUUGAAGUUUUGUCGUCACAAAUGGUGUCCGAUAUUAUUCAGGAGGUCACAAGAAAAAAUAGUCAAGAAACUUCAACUACCGAUGACGAUUGCAAUUCCAUUAAGCAAGAUAUGUUUCACAAACAUGAUGAUUCAAAAAAGUCAAUAUUGGAACUAGAAAAUGCGGUUAUAAAAAUUGGAUUUAUAAAAUUUGGCGCCAUGAAAAGCUUGUGCAACAUUUUAAACUGUGGGAGCUUUCUCGAGCUCCUCUUGGUACCGAAGGCUCACAAACGCAAUUCCAAUUCAUCGAGCGCUAGCAAGAAAGAAAUAGAGGAAGAAGACUUUGAUAAGAUUGACCAUGACCUUGAAUACAUGUGUCCCAAUUGUGGGAAAAACAAUCCAUCCGCUGAUGAGUGUGAUCACUGCUCCAAAAAUGACAGUAUGUCAGCGGCUUUGAGUGAAGUUUUUUCUUACUUGGCUAAGGAAAGUAUAAAGCCCUGUCGGACAUCGUCAUUGUACUCGCUGCUCGAUCUGGAGAGAGUGCAGUGUGUUAUUUUGCACCAAUAUUUUAAGCAUUUCACUGACGCAGUGGGACCAAACUUUAGUUACAAAGACCCCUUUACAGAUUCAUUAUCAGAAAAUCCUGAUAAUUUUGCAAUGCCGAAACCACUACAACAGCUUAACGAAGUUGAUCCAAGAGCUACAACUUCAAAUAGGACUUUUCGAGGACUGCCUAUGACUUUGGCGUCGUUAGCAGGCCGCGUAUAUCCUCCCUUGCGCCACACACCAGAUGGAGAACGUCGAGAUCGGCAACGACUUGAAAGCAGCUUAUGGAGAGACUCUGACGGUCAUGCCGGUAAUUUCCUUGGUGCAUCUCCCUCCAGAAAUUCUAGUCUUUCAGGGCCGCCUAGACGACGACAGAGACCACCAUCUCCUCCUACGAUGCGAAGUCUGAUGAAUUCUAUUCCAAGUUCCCGUCUCCCUACUCCUUUAUUGGAAAUGGGGUUCAAUCCACGACAAAUACGAACAGCAAUGCAAGUAUUGGGUCUAAGCGGAGAAUUAACCGUGGCUGCUGUUAGUCAGCUCAGUCUUUGGCUGUCCGAAAAUCCUAGUACAGACUCAGAAGAUAACAUAAUUCCUGAUCGGUCUAUGCGUGGGUACCACUCGGGGAGUGGUAGUAAUAACAGCAACACUUCACAAUCUCUUCAGGCUGAAAAUCGUCGAAGUUUAUCAGCAUCAAAUUCUUGUACACCCGAUGCAUACCAACCAUUAACAACAGGCAUAGAGCGAGUUGGACAAUUAGUUCCAAUGGACAGAUCAUUCCAAGACUACAUACGGCAAGUGCGAACGUUAACGAGAGAUCGGGAGAUCGAAAGAUCGGCGAGAGAUCGGGUCCAGGAUGGUAGGUUCAUUAGAUUUGCUGGAGAAAGUGCCACCGAGGCCAGUAACCAAAUUGCGAGAUCAGAUGCAAUGCACACCAAUCAUCGAUUGCAAAGACACCGCUCUUUAUUUUUGAUUCCGUUAGUAACUGUUCGUACUCAGCAUGGAGAUAGAGGAUUAUGUUUGUUUUGUUCAAGUCUGGAGCAUGAUGUCCUUAGUCAUUUUACCACUCAUCACAUGGGAUGUGGAAUAAGAUAUCCUGAAGGUGCUUGUGGCGAAGUUCGAGGACUUGCAUUUGGCCUCUGUGAGCAUUGUUAUCAACAAUAUGGCGGAGAAAACAUUCCACGACCCCAUAGCAGCAACUCAAACACGUCAGUUAAUGAAACUGCCCUUUCUUUGCCUCCGCUAACUAUGCUUGCAAAUAACUGCGAAACCUUGGAUGAAAAUGACUUUGCAAAUCGGGACGAUCAUUCAAUUUACUCCUUUAGUAGAGCUUCAUCGUCCUUCCUAAAUAGAGAGGUUGUAGACCCCGGAAGUGGAAUGCUGGCAUAUUUAGGACUCACUGAACGAAAGCCAUAUCCCGACAAUGUUCCUUUUGAUCAAUGUGACCCAUUGGGCUCUAGCGUUGCUGACAAAGUUGCUGAUUUAAAACGGACGGAAUGUACAGCAAGUCUUCGCCCAGUUGCUGAGCAAAUCUUACCAAUGGACGAGUCAAAGCAACGAAUAAUCACAAUGAAGAACUCUGUUGAAGCAGGAAAAGUUACUAUUGCUAGAAGUAUCAUCAUGAAAGCAUUGACCCUUCUGAGUAUCAGUGAAUCAUCUUGUGACAUGGUUGCAGCAUUGCAAAGAAUUGGACUAACUGAUGUCGAUACAAUUAUUAAGCUAAUGUGCUUAACCGCAGCUGGAAGAAUUCAAACAUCGGACGAUCCUGAAGAGGACCGUAGGCAUUAUCAUAUCAGAGAUUCAAAUAGAGCAAUCCCUAGUGCAUUUUUAAACUUGCCAUACGAUGCUUCUACUUGCACCAAAUUACAACACCUCGGAAAAGUUGUGGAAGUAUUGACAAACACCAAUGUAGAUUCUGCUACAUCGGUUUUGGAAAUGUGUACAAGGGAACUACUUAGUGCUGCUGUGGGAUUCAUUAAAGUUGAUCCAGCUAUGGAAAGCAUUCGACAUCCGAACCUCGUUGUGACCAUGUCGCUUGUGAGCUUGAUGAGUGAAAACUCUUCAGUUAUAUUAGAACAAGAUUUUAAUAAUGAUGGUACUGGAGCAAAUCCUAGCAUCCUGGACGCUUCUCUGUGCUUAAUCGAGUCAUUAGCUACCUGUGCAAUGUCGGCUAAAUUGUCAGGAGGUCACCGACAGUGGGCCAUUCAACAGUUAGUGAAAUGCUUGUCAUCUCGGGAAGCAAUGUUUCGUCAGGGUUCAAAAAUUCCUCAUUAUGCUGAAGAAAACUUGAUAUUAGAUAUUGGGUUCGCCGAGUGUCGUUUGAGUUUACUUAAACAGGGCAUUUAUUCCCUACAUUUAAUGCCAAUGUUUAAGCAACUGCUUAAUCAUCUGACAGCAUUGUUAAAAGAUCAAUUCAAUUACGAGCGACCGAAUGUUGAAAACGGAGAUCAGUUGAUGUACUCGAGGUAUUUACAGAGUUUGGCCGCUCUUGCAUUGAGCCUUCGUCUUGAUAAAAUCCUAAGAACUUCCCUUGAUCCAUUAAAUCUCAACAACCAAAACUGGCAAUGGUUAGCGAAUUUGGGAUUGACUAUUCGUACGGCAGAGUCUCUCAUUUUCCGCACAAAGUUGCCUACGGACUUUGUCGAGAGAUUUAAAAUCGACGAGGAGGAGGCUAUUCGUCGGGCGGAUGGUCAGUCAACCGUUUGGAGUUUGGAUAUGGACUCACAGCUAAUGGUCUGGGCCAGAACUAUUCCACAAGAUUGGCAAUUCGGAGGAAAAUGUGAAGUCUACAUGUGGGGAAAUGGCCGUCAUGGCCAGUUAGGAGAAGGAGAACUAGCCGGACGACAAGUAACCACACCGAAACUGUCCCCAGCGUUUUCAGGAGCACAACAAUUAGUAUGCGGGCAAAAUUGCACAUUUCUGAUUCAGGGUUCAGGGUCGAUUCAGUCAAUCGGCGAAGGAAGCUAUGGCCGACUGGGACAUGGCAAUUCUGAAGACAUGAAUACUCUGACUACUAUUUCCACAUUAUCCGGCUACAUUGUGGUUUCUCUUGCAACAUCCUGUGGGUCUGAUGGCCAUUCACUUGCACUUACCGAAGACGGGGUAGUUUUCUCAUGGGGCGAUGGAGACUAUGGUAAAUUAGGCCAUGGUAAUUCAGACAGAAUGCGUAGGCCGAAACAGAUUGAAGCCUUGAAAAAUGAAUUCGUCGUUCAAGUUGCGUGUGGGUUCAAACAUAGUGCUGUUUUGACCUCGGAUGGAGCAGUGUUUGUGUUCGGGUCGAACGAGUAUGGACGCCUAGGACUCGGCAAUGUUGGCAACAAGAAAAUUCCCGAAAAGAUCACUGCAUUCGGAAAUAACAAGAUUGGAUUAGUUGCAUGUGGACUAGCGCAUACUAUAUGCGUUUCUGCCGAUAAGAAAACAGUUUGGGCUUUCGGAGACGGUGAAAACGGUAAACUUGGUCUGGGGACGACAAAUACCGUCGGAAGUCCGCAAGUCAUUGAUAGCUUGCAAGAUAUUGGUAUCGAGAAAGUAUGUUGCGGAACUCAAUUCUCAGUUUUCUUGACAUGUGACGGAAGGAUAUACACUUGUGGUAUGGACCGCUUGAUUGGUCAACCGCACGUGAGAUGUUGCAACCGACCAGCGCAGAUAAUGAGUUUAGCGGAUAAACACCUAGUUGAUAUAGCUGUUGGUGCUGAGCAUACUCUGGGUGUCACUUCUGCUGGCGAAGUCUUUGGAUGGGGAUCAAAUACGGACGGGCAGGUUGGAUUAGGACAUACAUUAACUGUGAGAGAACCUGAAAAAAUUGCAAUGUUAUCAGCCCGUGGAGUGCAACAAGUGUCAGCAGGUAGAACUCACAGCGCGGCUUGGACGGCCCCGCGUGCUGUGCGUGGUGUAAAUUUGCAAUUUGGCGUAGAUUUAAAAUUAGGGACCCCUGAUUGCGUCCCCCCACAGUAUCAUCGUCUUCAAGAUAUUCCGAUUCCUGCGUUGAGAGCUCGUCUUAAAACACUGUUUAACUUUUCCGAUCUUCUUUUUGGAACAUGGAACCUUUUACCGUUGAUAACACCAGUGAAUUGCUCUCCACACACGAACAGUGAUCCCCAAUAUUUCCCAACUUCUCCAAAAUUGCGUCGUUUGCUCACAUCUCGUGUCUAUACAUUGCCAUUUGUUCGCACGCUACAUCGUACAAUGAUUCAAUCGAGGACUUAUGGCCCACAGAUUACUGUUCGCAGAUUAACUACAAAAUGCAAACGAAAGAAACCCAUAUUUACUCAAAUUUCGACUCAAGUUGUCCAGAUUGCACCACAAGAGUUAAGAUUGCCUGCGCGUGCUUGGAAGGUCAAAUUAAUUGGCGAAGGGGCUGACGAUGCAGGGGGGGUAUUUGAUGACACAAUCACUGAGAUGUGCAUUGAACUCACAAACGGAUCUCUUCCGUACCUGAUUCCAACGCCAAACUCGGCAAAUGACGUGGGUUUCAACCGAGAUAGAUUUUUACUAAAUCCUGACUUGACAUCAACGGAUGACAUACUGGCCUUCAAGUUUAUCGGCAUUUUGUUUGGCGUUUCAAUACGAACUAAAAAACCUGUUGCAAUUCAUUUGGCUCCCAUUGUUUGGAAACUCUUGGUAGGUGAAGAAGUGACUGCUGAUGAUUUAGAAGAAGUAGAUGCGAUGUACAUAAAGGGUUUACAAUCGAUCCGGGAUCACGUCGCAUCUCAGUUUAACGAAACAAAUUUCCACGAGGUAAUUCCGUUGGAAUGCUACGAGGGUACAAGCAGUACAGGGAAACUAGUCCCCAUUGUUCCAGGCGGUCGAAGCCUCCCACUCACUUUCUACAACCGAAUGGACUACAUUGAGAAAGCUGUCAACUUUAGAUUACAUGAACUGGAUCUUCAAGUGGCGGCAAUACGCGAGGGCAUGGCCGGAAUUGUUCCCGUCCCAUUAAUGUCUUUGAUGAUGGGCUCUCAUUUAGAACAAUUGGUCUGUGGCUUACCAAAUAUUUCAAUUCGAUUAUUGAAGCAAGUCGUGAGAUAUCGAGAAAUGGACGAUAAUAACGAACUUGUCCAAUGGCUGUGGAGUAUAUUGGAAGAAUUUUCUAAUUCCGAGAGAGUGUUGUUCAUGCGGUUCGUCUCAGGAAGGUCAAGACUGCCUGCGAAUCUCGCAGAUUUUUCGCAGAGAUUUCAAGUUAUGCGAGUUGACCGACCAUUAAAUGGCUUGCCAACUGCUCAAACUUGCUUCUUUCAACUUCGCCUCCCCCCGUAUUCUUCCAAGGACAUUAUGCGUGAACGGUUGAGGUAUGCAAUCAACAAUUGCACUUGUAUCGACAUGGAUAACUAUAUGCUGGCCCGAAAUGGUGGAAUUGAGUUGGAAGAGGACGAAGAAGAACUCUUUUUCCAAGGAUCUUAAUGCAAAAUUUCUUGUGAUAUUGAAUCCAAAAAAGUCUAUUGAAAACCAAAGUUUAACUCACCAACUCUUAUUUACCUGAAUAUAUACACAAAUAUAUUGUAAAUUUUCUGCAUGUAAUACUCACAUUGUGCUAAGUAGUUUUGUUGUAUUAAACAAUAAUGAAGAAUUUAACAAAG